AAGCACUUCAUUGAAAGGGAGGAGUAGUGUAUACCUACUGAUAUAGUCGAAUGCCGUUCCUGUUUGCUUAUGAAUUGAGUGAAUAAAUAGGCUGGGGAUAGUCGUGUGAUGAGGGUAGAGUCGAACCAUCCAUUGGAAAGAAGGCUGUAAGUCCGCCUGUGUGAAAGUCUGCAGAAAGUCCGCCUGAGGCCCAUUGCAAACUUGAUGAUUUGUGGAUUAGGACCGCCCAUGGCCCCUCAUUGACUUUCUGGGCACGUGUCCAUGUAGUCCACAAGUCUGCUGGCCGGACAUUUGGGUUCUGCCUUUGUGGCACCAUUGAUGCCCGGUUUUCAUCCGGCUGUCGGUUGAGAAGAGAUCACUUUAAGAUUCUUGUUGAAUCCUGGAUGCCACAUGGUCAUGAAGAAAUAGAAGCGUCUGUUGUGGCCCUCCAGCUGACCUGUAGGCUGAGUCCUGGCUGUGGGGCUGUGUUGUUGGUGGGCCAGAUCUAUGUGAGUGAGAGGUGAUGAAGUCCAGUAUGAGGCAGUGGCGGAGGCUGGUGCUGGUGGGAAUGCUGGCCUGGGUGCUUCUCUUCCUCGGCCUCCUCUCCUACUUCCUGGAUGCUCGUGUGACUGAGCCGCUGUCCUCUACUGGCUCUUUACUCUCGCAGCACCCCGACACGCGUCGCCUGGCUUCCAUACAGGCCUCCCAUCAACAGCAACCAAACAGACAUGAACUGGCUUCCACCUUAACGACAACCUACCCCCGAGGUGAGCCGGACCCGGAGCCAUCUGCCAGCUUCACAACCCCGGAGCCCAGCCUGGAGGUGAGCCACAGCCCCAACAGCGCUCCCUACGCCCUCUAUGGCAGCCGGGAGACCAGCCAGCAGGAGUACCUGGACCCUCAGAGCCUGGCUGCCUGGUCCUCCUUUGGCACAGAAAAUGUGGGUUCUCACUCGGACCCUUCAAUCCAGAGUCGGGAGAGAAUUUCCCAAACAGAGUACCAGAACCACGCCGGCACCAGGCAGUACAAUGGUGGGGAGGAGGAGGAAGAGGAGGAAGAAGAAGAUGAAGGAAACGGAAUAAGGACGGCAGCAGGCAGGAGGCCGGGCGGUGACUCCUCGGAUCUGGAGGAGUAUUACUUCACCAAGUCGGCCUCGGUGGUGCAGCGGCUGUGGCGGGGUCGAGCGUCCGCUGGCAUGCUGAGUCCACGGCUGCAGCGCGCCAUGAAGGACUACGUCAGUGCCAACAAACAUCACGUCUCCUACACGGGACACCGCAGGGCCGCCCAGAGUGCUAAAGAGCUGCUGUGUCAGAUGAAGGCCCAGGCCCGGCUCAGGACCGUGGACGGGUCGGAGCAGCCCUUCUCCUCCCUCGGCUGGGCUCGUCUCGUGCCGUCACUUCCGCUGGAGAAACUGCACCAGGACCAGAGCGCAUUCAAGACCUGUGCGGUGGUCACCUCGGCCGGGGCCAUCCUGCGCUCCGCACUGGGCAAAGAGAUCGAUAAUCAUGACGCCGUGUUACGGUUCAACGCUGCGCCUACAGAGGGAUACGAGCGAGACGUGGGGAACAAAACCACCAUCCGCAUCAUCAACUCGCAGAUUUUGGCCAAUCCCAAGCACCGUUUCAACACAAGCUCCAUUUACAAGAAUGUGACUCUGGUAGCCUGGGAUCCUGCACCUUACACCGUCAAUUUAGACAAGUGGUAUACCAGUCCGGACUACAACCUGUUUGGUCCAUACACAGAGCAUCGUAAGCUCCAUCCCGACCAGCCCUUCUACAUCCUUCAUCCCAGCUAUGUGUGGCAGCUGUGGGAUGUGAUUCAGGGCAACACUCAGGAGAAUAUCCAGCCCAAUCCUCCCUCGUCUGGCUUCAUAGGCAUCCUCCUGAUGAUGGCGCUGUGCGAGCAGGUGCACGUGUACGAGUACAUUCCCUCCAUGAGGCAGACGGACCUGUGCCACUACCACGAGCGUUAUUACGACGCCGCCUGUACGCUGGGUGCGUACCACCCCCUGCUCUACGAGAAGAGCCUGAUCCAGCGCAUCAACACAGGCCCCGAGCGUGACCUCCGGAGGAAGGGGCUGGUCACUCUACCGGGCUUCAGCACCGUCAACUGUGACAUCUGAGAAAUGAAACGUGACCCUCUGAGCCAAACAAACACACACUCCGGCCUUUUCUGGCUGACUAAGGGAGAGGUGCAAUAAAGCCACUGGAGACACGGAGGCUGGAGCUUACAAGUUUUAAAUUAGACCCUUGAAGAACAUAAGCCAUAGCGCUCCAGGGAGGGAUCAACAUGGAGGCUUCUGAAGGAACUCGUCUUCAAUAAAUUGGUUUACUCGACCAGAGACAGCCUCAAAGGCUCUCCAAGAAGGAGCUGGACACGAUGUUCGCUCUGCUUUAGCUGAGCCACGUUAGCGGUGGAGCUGACUAGGGUAGCAACUGAUCAGUUUUUAGAUAGAAGAGGUGAAUUUUCAAUAACUGGGUGUGUUUCCAUGGUGUAACUCUGUGUUUUUCAAUAGUAUGCGUGGGUCUCCACUUAAAGGAAAUGCCACUGUUCAAAACAGUGGAUAUUUGUGAUAUUUUAGUCUUUCUUUUUUACUGGUCCAAAGGGUUGUGAAUAAACAAAGAAGUCAUCCACGCUGAAUGUCAUACAUCAACACACAAACACACACGCAGCAACAGGAGCCUGCCGGGUGUUACGGAUAAUUUUGAUGUGUUGGCAAAGAUGAAGUUGAGGUGUCACCACCGUCAUUUUACUCAGUAUUUUAUCGCCUGUUUGACAUUCCCCUGACAUCUUCUUGUGAAAUAAGUUGAUUAGUGCUGUAAGGAAGGGGCUUCUUUCACACUCACUGCUUAAUUAUUCUCCUGUGCAUGCCAACCUGCCGCUCCUUGUUCACACUUUGGGAUGGAUAAUCAUUCUGUUAAGAAGCCUGUCUUUCACUUUAAAAUCCCACCGGGAGGAAGGACCCGGGUUCACUUCACACUCCCAUUUUUAUUAAAGUAAAUGUGGCCAGCCGAACAGCGGGAACCCUGUGCCUAGUGGCCGCCUGAACACUCUCCUCGGGUCGCCUUGUGUUUGUUCAGGUACUUGCAAUCCAGCUUCAUACCGGGACUGCAGGAUCAUGGAGUUUAAUUGCAGUGAGAGGUGUGACACAGUAGAUAUUGCUGAAGUCAGCAGUAUUCUCCACCCUGCUUCAGCAAUCUCCCGCCCCUGUUUCUCGACGGUCGGUUAGUUCACUCGUUAUUGAAUGUAAUUUCCCCACUUGGGGAAAAACCCUCCCUGGAGCUCACCACUGCAGUCCAUGUAGCCUGCGUAUGUGCGGGGGUAUUUCUUUGUCAUGAAAGAGCCAGAAGCUCAUUUCCUAUGACUAUAAAUGUCUCAUAUUUCCUGAAUCCUCUUGAUACUUGGUUGUACCUUAGGCAGCUCAAAGUGGAGACCAUUAUAAAGGGGGAAUUUGAACCGGUAAUGUCAGCAGAUUAGCGUGGUCUCACGCGAGGAUGACUUUUUUUACGUUUACAGUCAAUCAGUGCCACAUCUGCGGCGAGCUCUAGAGGUUGUAGUGUGGAGAGGACAAUUGGUCGUGAUUUUCGCUGCAGACAGUCAGAAAAAUCUUGCCUAUAACAGAGAUUUUUAUUGUUAUUCUACAAAAUGUUCUUGUGCCAUUGGUUGUAGAUUGAUAUAAGAUGUGAAAACGUGUCUCGGAAAUGUUGCUUUUUGAAUAUCCUGAUGUAUGUUGAAUUAGAUGGCUUCAGAGUAACAGUAGAAGUAGUAAUAGAAGUACUAAUAAUGUGUAGAUGAUACUAGGGCUUAACAUUGAUGUAGAGUAGGGCUGGGUAUCACCUGAACUGUAUCAGUCAGACAGAAAACAAAUACUUUGCUGAUACCAAAACAAUGCUUUUCUCAUUUUUUUAACCAAGAACAUUUUUAUAACUGGGCAAACACCCGAUCAAAAGUAAAAAGAAACUACCUGAACAAGUAUUUGGCACCAAUUUUGAUACUUGACAGUCAGGGUGGGCAAUACAAUUCAUAAGUAAACCUAUUAUGGUAUUUUAUAUUGCAAAUUUGAUAUACUGCGUAUCAUUUUUAAAUACAUUUUCUGGAAAUUCUGAUUGGAAACUACACCUGGUUGCUAGUUCAUAUGGUACAAACUGCUAAAAAAAGAAAUAGAAAUAAAAUAAAUGUGUGAAAUUAUAAGAAUAUAGAUAUCUCUAUAAUGUUCUUCAAUUAAACAUCAUCAAUUUAACAUAGCCAUAAACUACAGCGUCCAAAAUGACCAUGAAAUGAGAUCAAAUCAUCUCAUAUUGGAUCGUUACCGUCAUAAAUACAGGCUGUUUCAUUAUAUAGUAUUACAUUUAGCUAGGUUUACUAUAACUGGCAACAGAUGGUGUAGAUAAAAUAACCAGAUGGGAAUGACUAAUUCAGUGAAUUACAAACAUGACGAAGGUAUUUCAUCACAUUGAUGUAAAAUGUUGUAAAUCUUAUAUGGCCAGAAAGCAGAAUAGAUUGUGUAAAAACAGUCGGUCUCACGAUAAGUAUUUGAUUUUAUCGCCCAGCCCUGAUCGAGAGUUUUAAUACUCAGUUGUUGAACAUUUUAAAAUGCUAACAGUGGAGAGGUUUGAUACCCAGCCCCAGUUUCAGGUGGAUUGUCUGGCAUGUCAUAAGAAGAGUUGUGAAAUAAGGAACCUGGUAAAGUCGGAAACUAUGAAAGGACUAUAACAGAGAUUUAAUAAACAGUCUUAACAGAUCAUUGUGAAGCUUAAGGAGAUAUAUCAUUCAUUUUGAAUCAUGUUUCCAGCUGAGCUGUAGGUCUUAGGUUCUUUUGUCCAGGUAAUGAUCAGAUGUUUAACUGCUUGUGAUUGUAACACACUGAAGGUGCAAACACCCUGAACAUAUUGUACAUGUAUAUUUCCAGAAACUUGGAUUACUUUUCAGUGCACAGAGCAUGCAAAUCAGGAUCAGGGCUAAGAGUCUCAAACUGUCUGUGCUGUGCCGUGCUGCGAGUAGGCACCAUUGUCAUUAAUGUUGUGAGAGGCGAUUAUGCUAUAUGUGUUUUUUUUUAGUGGUGUUUUGCGGAUAUUAGUGCAUGCUUGUGGACAGGGAAAUCCCAUUAAGCUGCAGUGCAGCUAUUAGUAAUUCCCGGGGAGCAUUUGAUUCAGUGCAAUGCAUUUUGGCAACUUCAUCUUCGCUUCUGAAUAUUGUGCCAAAUCCCAUCUUUAAUUAUGUCUUAGCCGGGUGCAAUGAGAGUAAUAGCAGGUGCUAAUGCUCCUCUCUGUGAUGAUUGAAGUGGAAUUUAAUUAACAAUUUGAUUGCCAGAAUUAAAUCCCAGACAGUGUGCUGCAACAGUUCAGUGAGAUGAGAACCUAUUUGCAGACAUUGUUUAUAACGUUUGCCCUCUCAGCCUCUUUCUAUCCACUCUUCCCUUGAGGCCUAUUUUUCAUUAGAUGAUUUUACUGAAUUGUGGGAAUUUGUGCACCACACUGCCUCUAAAGGAUUGUUCAACAUUGAAGGUUUUUUUUCUACAUCUAACUCCUGCAGUGAAGAGAUAAAGAAGCAUCCAUAACGAGAGUGAGCGCCUCACUCCUAAACAGCCUUGGGGUGUUCUCCUUGAGUUUUAUUUGUCAGUGAAUUCUCUUCUUACACUUGAAUUGAUAUUUAAAUAGACCAUUUGUAUGAUUUCAGCUGUGGUAAUUUGUCUUUUUUUACUGUGUAAAUAAAGCUGUUGUACGUGUUGAACGCUCCUG